UCUCUCUCUCUCGCUUCUACUCUCUCUCUCACUCUAAUUCCUCCCAGUUUUUCCCCUUUUCCUCUCUGAUUUACUACAAUUUCCACCAUUGAUCCAAAUCCGUGACACUUUCUCGGUCUUCUGCUGCAGAAACUUCUGCUUUUUAACUCUGCUGUCGACCCUUCUCUCCAAAACCAUCACAAUUAGAGUGUUGACCGCUUUUUUUAGUUUUGCAAGAGUCCUUCCUUGUUCUCGCUAUGUUUCUUUGUUUUUUUUUUUUUUUUUAAACAGAUGGCCCAUUGAAGAUCUGGGGCAAAUAAAGUUGGAAACAUUAGGGAUCAUAAAGGCCUUCCGGCUAGGAUUUGCAGUGUAAUUCUCAGCUUCUCUCUGAAAGAAGAGAAAAUCCCAGAAAGAUUUAUGGAAAAUCCAAGCCAGAAGCGUCUAACUCUGUCAAGUGAAAUGGAUGCUGGUGCUUCUGUUGAUAGGAUUAGCAGUUUGCCCGAUUCAGUUCUCUGUCACAUUCUUUCUUUUCUGCCAACAACAAAAUAUGCUGUGGGAACAAGUAUUUUAUCUAAAAGAUGGAAAUUCCUGUGGACUGGAGUCCCCUACCUUCUUUUCGAUGAUGAUCGUGUUCAUAAAAGCCCAGAAAGAGUGAGAAAGUUUGAGCAAUUUGUUAAUAAGGUUCUGCUUCUAAGUACUGUGCAGAAUAUACUCAAGUUCCGUCUUUGUGGAAAUGAAUUCAUUGAGCCAUUCUAUGUCAAUGCAUGGAUCAGCACUGCAAUUAUCCGGAAUGUCCGAGUGCUGAAAGUUCAAGUUUUUUAUUAUUGUCGUGCUGAUGUUGUCAUUGAAUUGCCUAGUUGCCUAUUUACUUGCAGAACAUUAGAGGAUCUUGAAUUGUGGGAUAAUCUAGAUAUCAAUACACCAAAUUUGGUUUGUCUUCCUAGACUAAAACGUCUAACGCUUUCUGACGUUCAAUACAGAAAUGAUGAAUCCGUCAGUAAGCUCAUAUCUGGCUGUCCAAUACUAGAAUUCCUGGAUAUUUGCAGAUGCAGCUUUGAUAAUGUGACAGUUUUUGUAAUAUCUUCACCUUCACUGAAACAACUCCGUUUUCGUGGUCCCGAUGACUUUCCUGAAAAUCUUCACUACAAGGUUGCUAUAAAUACCCCAGCACUAGAGUCCCUUGAUUAUUCCAAUCACAUAUGGCAGCACAUUGGCGUCAACUUUCAGAACAUUACCUCUUUAGUUAGAGCAAAAAUUGAUGUUGAGGCUUUUCCUGGUGAUGAUGCACCUCAAAGUGCUUUUUGCAAUUCACUUGUGGAACUGGUUCAGGCACUACACGGUGUAAAGAUUCUCACUUUGUCACAGAAGACAAUGAAUGCUCUGAGCUAUGCCACUACCUGCUUGUCAACAAGGAGAUUCGAAGGACUAACCAAAUUGGUAGUAGGAGCUGGAUGCUGUGAAUGGACUUGCCUGCAGGAUUUGGUUGAAGCGGCAGUAAAUUUAGAAGUUCUUGAUUUCACAAAGAAUUGGCAUAGAGAACACACUAUAGAGUCAUGCUGGAGGGAUCCCAUAGAAGUUCCCAGAUGUUUGAUAACGAGCCUGAAACAAAUUUCACUUGAAGAACUUGAAGGCUGUGAAGAUGAGCUUGCAAUGAUAGGCUACAUUCUAAAGCAUGGUAGCGUUCUAAACCGAAUGCAUCUAAGUUCUAAAGUCGGCGGCUUGAGCACGAAAUUUCAGCUUACUCAGAAGAUACUACUGUUCCCUAGAAGAUCCCCCACAUGUCAAAUUGCAUUUUGCCGGCAAGCUGGACCACGGUCCCUUUUCAGCAAGUCAUAGUCCCAUGGGGGAAACAUGAGGUGAAGUUAAAUUUUGACUCUUCUGAUGCAGAAUAUUUUUAAAUUGGAAGGAAUGAGAAUUUAAAAAGAAGUUGAAUUUUUUUUUCAAAGAUAUUUGUGACAAUUUCAAAUUUCUAUGCUGGAAACUGCUGCGGGAAAUAUGUUGUUCAUCGAGGAUUGUUUCAAAUGCUGAUAUACGAAAAUGAGACUCUUUCAAAACCGUAAAUCUACAAGUCCAUUGAAUGGUGCAUUCUUCUAUAUCCAAUUCUUUGGUUGCAUGCGGCUGAACUGGGAUUGAACUGGGGAAUUAGAAUUGAACUGAGGAAUUGAACUGGGAUUUCUGUUCUUCUUGCCAAUGUUCUGAAAUCAUUCUUGCUUUGAUCUCCUAGUCUUAUCUGUAUGAAGCCAGCAUGCGAUACUUUUUUUGUUUUUUUGGCAGAAAAUGAGGCAACAUUGGUUGACUGGUGCAGUAAGGAUCAUAUCCGGUGCUUCUAACUGUCACCUACAAUGAAAGAUUCUGGAUGAAGCUGGGUUGGAAGGAGGUGCCAUGCUGGGAAUAAUCAUGAUGCAGAGAAUUUUAGCUCAAGGGUGGAAGAAUGUGGAUGAAACUUUUUGUACAAAUGAGCAGGGAAUUGCUAUCAUGCAGCUUGUUUUGCAUAUCUUUUUGUUUUGCAGAAAGUAUGAAUUUUAUUAUCAGUACGGAAACUCUUAAUGG